AUGAGCCACAGCCCGGAGAGGAUCUCGUCCUACCGCCGUCACUUUGAGGACAGCAGCAGCUCGUCCUACCAGGUCAGGGUGUCCAGCCCAUCCCCCACUAGGAGAGAGGUCCGUCAUGCAUCCGCUGGCUACCCCUGCGGAGCCGGGGCCAGGGGCAUGCGUGUGGAGUCAGUGGGACGAAGGACCGUCUCAGCUGCACGCAGGUCUCGCAUGAUUGGAGCAGGUGUGGGUGCAGGAGCCAUGGUUUGUGUUGGGCCCAGUGGAGAACCUGCCAUAGAUCUGGAUGUGGCUGCAGCUGAGAACCAGCAAUUCCGCAGCACUCGCACCAAUGAAAGACAGGAGAUGGUCGUCCUCAAUGACAGACUGGCUGUGUACAUUGACAAGGUUCGAUCUCUUGAGCAGCAGAACAAGCUAUUGGAGGGAGAGAUCGAGGCCUACCAGAACAGGUUUGAGAGGCCAUCAGGUCUGCGCCUCCUAUAUGAGGAACAGCUGAGAGAGCUGAAAAAGGUUGCUGACCAGAUGAGAGUUCAGCGGGACAUUUCCUUGGCAGCUAAGGAGUCCACAGCUGCUCAACUAGAGGCUAUCAAAAUCAAAUAUGAGGAGGCAGUUGAGCUGAGGAGGAAAGCUGAGGCCGAAAUUGAAGCUUUCCGCCCAGAUGUUGACAAAGCCACCUCCUCACGCAUUGCCUUGGAGAAGAAGCUGGAGCAGCUGGAAGUUGAAAUUGAAUUCCUUAAACGGGUCCAUCAACAGGAAAUUGAUGAGCUGAUGAAACAGAUUUAUUCAGCUCAUGCCACAGCGUCGAGUGCAUUCGAACUGCCUGAUCUCGCUGCUGCUUUGAAACAAAUCCAAACUCAAUAUGAUGACAUCGCAGCUAAAAAUCUUCAGGAGAUGGAUUCAUGGUAUAAAAAUAAAUUUGAAGAUCUAACCAACAAGACAACGAGGCAUGUGGAUAAGGUUCGAGGCAUUAGAGAAGAAAUAACAAAUGCCAAAAAGGAUAUCCAAAACAAGGAACGAGAGUUGGAUAGCCUGAGGACCAGGAAUGAAGCUCUUGAGGCCCAGAUCCGAGAGAUGAAAGAAAAGUAUAAGAAAGAACUGGAAGACCUGCAGGCUCGGAUUGAGGCCCUGCAGCUCGAGCUGAAAUCCACCAAGGAGAAAAUUGCGCUGCACCUGCGUGACUACCAGGACCUCCUGAAUAUCAAGAUGUCUCUGGAGAUUGAGAUUACGACUUACAGAAAACUGAUUGAAGGAGAGAACCUGCGACUCUCUGAUAUGAUGCAAACCAUGUCUCUUACUGGCUGUAGCGCCAUUGGUUCUGGGAUGAGCUUCAGUGGAGGCAUGGGCGGUGCAGGUGGAAUGGGUGGCGGCAUUGGAGGCAGUGGUGGUGGCACUGCAGGCACAAGUGGCACGGGUGGACUAGGCAUGGGGCUCAGUGGUGGAAAUGGUGGUGUAGGUGGAGGGAAGGGUGAUGAAGGUAAAGAUCGUGGAAUGGGUGGUGGAAGCGGGGGCAGUGAGGGUGUGGGUGGAGAUGAUGUAGGUGUUGCACUGUCAGGCACUGAUGGAAAGGGGAAGACUGGUGGAGGAAUGGGUGAUGCCAGUGGUGCUGGAAUGGGAUCAGAUGGAUCUGAGCCCUACGGAGACCAGGCAGUGGAGCUGACGGAGAGAAGGACGGUGCUCAUUAGGACAGUCAAAAAUGAGGAUGACGUAGUGGAGACGGACCACCAGGAACAAACCUACACCAUCACCGGUGCAGCCGACGAUUCUGACAACGAAUGAGCAGCACGAAUUCCCAAAUGACCUCCUCUCACCCCUAAACUUCCACGCCCCUCUGAGCUUUGCACUGACCAAACCCCAUGUCUGGGCACUGACCUUUGCCCUUUGGCCUGGACAAGAAGACCAUCAAUGACCCUUUGCUACAGAGUCAAACCAUCACCCGUGGGGUUUAAAUAUGCCUCACUAGAAACGCUCAAUAUGGUCUCUAAACUUUUGUGUGCCUUACACUCCCCCUUUUUUUUCU